GCAGCGUCCGAAAGGGUUCAGCCGGAGGAGUGAGGAGGAGAAGAGAGGGAUUACAGAAGAGAGGAGAGAGAGAGAGAGAGCUGAACAUAGAAAAAAACUGAAAAAAGGAGUGAGAUAAAGACGAGGUAGAGGAAAAGAAAGAGAAACGAGAAGAGAAGUGUCGGGUUGAGGCAAGGUAGAGGAUAAAAUGGAAACAGAAGAAAGCAGUGAGGUAGAGAGGAGGUAAAGAGGUAAAGAAGAGGAGAGAGAGAGGAAGAAACAAGAGAGAAAUGAUGUACAGACAAGAUAGAGUAGAAAGGUAAAAAAAGAAGAGAGGAGAAGAAAGGAAACAGAAGAGAGAUGAGGUAAAGGAGAAGAAAGGAAACAGAGAAAAGGAAAUAGAAGAGAGACGAGGUAGAGGAGAAGAAAGGAAACAGAGAAAAGAAAAUAGAAGAGAGAUGAGGUAGAGUAGAAGAAAGGAAACAGAAGAAAGGAAACAGGAAAGAGAUGAGGUAGAAGAGAAAAAAGGAAGCAGAAGAGAGACGAGGUAGAGGAGAAGAAAGAAGAAAAAAGAGACGAGAUAGAGAAGAAGAAAGGAGAAAAAAAUAGACGAAUUAGAGGAGAAGAAAGGAGAAAGAAAAGAGAGAAGGUAGAAGAGUAGAAAGGAGAAAGAAAAGAGACAAGGUUAAGGAGAAGAAAGGAAAGCAGAAGAGAGACGAGGUAGAGGAGAACAAAAGAGAAAGAAAAGAGGCGAGGUAGAGGAGAAGAAGAAGGGAGAAAAAAGAGACGAGGUAGAGGAGAAGAAAGGAGAAAGAAAAGAGGCAAGGUAGAGGAGAAGAAAGGAGAAAGAAAAGAGACAAGGUAGAGGAGAAGAAAAGAUACAGAGCAGAGGAAAUAGAGGAGAGACGAGGUAGAGGAGAAGAAAGGAGAAAGAAGAGAGACUAUGUAGAAAAGAAGAAAGGACAGAAAGGACAGAAGAGAGGAAACAGAGGAGAGACCAGAUAGAGAAGAAGAAGGGAGACAGAAGAGAGACGAGGUAGAGGAGAAGGAAGGAAACAGAAGAGAGAAAACAAAAGAGAGACAAGGUAGAGGAGAAGAAAGGAAAUAGAGGAGAGGAAAUAGAUGAGGUAAAGGUAAAGGAGUAAAAAAGAGGUAAACUGUGGAGACACAAAGUUAAGGAGACAAGAGGAGAUUGAGAUAAAAAUGAGGAGAAGAGUGAGGAACAAGUGAGAAAUUAGUUACAGAUGAGGUAGAGGAGUUCAAAGGUAAAAAAGAAGAAAAGUACACAUGAAAGAGGGGAGUGAGGUAUAGACAGAGUAAAGGAGAAGAGAGGAGAGUGAGACAGAGAAGAGGUAGAGGAGAAGAGGCGAGUGAGGAGAGGAGGGGGUUUGGCAGCUUCGGUCUGUCUGACCAUCAAUCAGCCGGUCCUAUCACCGUGGUCCUGCCCACCGGAGAGAGAGAGAGAGAGACGGAGAGAAGGAGGAGCAAAAGAGAGAGAGAUGAAAAGAAUGGCGUCUGAUCGGCCUACCCAUCCUCCGCCGGCGCUGGUGCCGCUGCUGGUCAGUGCCGGGGCGGUUCUGGUGUCUCAGUACUUCUUCAACGCGGCGGCGCAGGUCCCCGACCCGGCGCUCCUGCCUACAGAUCCCCCACCCAAGCCGGACCCCAUCACCUCCGAGACAGUGGUGUUCUGGGGGCUGAGGUUAUGGCAGGUCGUCGGCAUCUUCUCCAUGUUCAUCCUGGCGAUCAUCAUUACACUGUGCUGUAUCUUCAAAUGCCGGAUUCCCCGCACCAAGAAAGAGAUCGAGGCGAGGAACGCUCAGAGAAACGCCGCCAAAACCUACGCUAACACCCUGGAGACGGUUCCUCCACUCAACGAACUCACCGAAAUACCAGGAGCUGAUUCCUCGGCGGUGAGGACCGUAUCGGAGCAGGUUCAGAGCCGAGAGGGCGCUCAGUUAGCCACCGUCCGCGAGGAAGACGACCUGACCAAUCAGCUCAGCCAUCCUGAGAGCGAUAACUGAUCUUCACCUGCACUUUCUUCAACUUUAUAUAAUGUUUCUGCACCUCUUUCUUCCUCUCUGAACUGUUUACUGUCCUUCCCUGUCUUUUCUUAAAAAUGAUCACACUUCGCCAUGAGCACAUUCCAUAUCACUGCCCAUUCAGUUUACAUAAAAACAUAGGUGCACUUCUUGAUGUAUUGAUGUUUUGAGGGAUUGGGCCAAAUGAGGUUUAUACUUGGCAGCCGGGGUUUUGGCACAUGCAACUCGGGCUGAUUCCCAAAGUAUACUCAGCAGCCGGGGUUUGGUUAAUGCAGCACUCGUCACAGUUUCUUAUUUUAAAUGUAUGUUCCACCUUAAAUGAGGCAGUAGCUGCAAUCUGACGCUAGUAGCUAGUAGAGUAGCCUUCAUGUACCGCUCCAGCGCCCCCUGCAGUCUGUACAGAUCAUGCGUACCGCUAUUUUCUGUAUUAAAGGCUUAAAGCAGUGGUUUUCAAAGUGUGGGUCUUGGGUGUCCAAUGAAGGAUUGGGAUGAUAUAGGUUUGUACUCAGCAACCAGGAUGUCGGCACAUGUCUGGGGCCAAUUGUUGUAUUAUACUCAGCUAAUGGGGUGUUGACACAUACGAUUUGGCCAGAUUCACAUAUUAUACCCAGCAAACUGAAGUAUUGGAAUGUGUGGCUUGGGACAAUUACUAUAUUAUACUUGGCAACCAGGGAGUUGGCAUAUACGAUUUGGCCAAUUCCCAUAUUAUACCCAGCAAACUGAGAUAUUGGUAUAUGUGGCUUGGGCCAAUUGCUGUAAUAUACUCAACAGCCAGGGUGUUGGCACACAUGAUUUAGGAAAGAUUCCCAUAUUAUACUCAGCAAACUGCAGUAUUGGAAUGUGUGGCUUGGGCCAAUUGCCAUAUUAUACUCAGCAACCUGGGCGAUGGCACAUACAGUUCGGGCCGAUUUCAUAUUAUACCCAGCAAACUAAGGUGUUUGUAUAUGUGGCUUGGGCCAAUUGCCAUAUUAUGCUUGGCAACCGGGCCGUUGGCACAUACAAUUUGGGCAGAUUCCCAUAUUAUACUUAGCAAACUGAGGUAUUGGUACAUGUGGCUUGGGUCAAUUGCCAUAUUAUACUUGGCAACCGGGGUAUUGGCAAACACAGUAUGGGCCAAUUGCCAUAUUAUACUCAGCUAACUGAGGUAUUGGUGUAUGUGGCUUCAGCCGAUUUCUAUAUUAUACUCAGCAACCGGGGUAUUGGAAUAUGUGGCUUGGGCCAAUUGCUGUAUUAUACUUGGCAACCGGGGCGUUGGCACAUGCAGCUUUUCCUAACUCAUACGUCAGUAGCAACAUGCUCCAUACUGCGACACUGUUUAAGGUGGAACUGAAAUAAUGAGAAGCACCAUUAGCAACAUUUCCCAUAAUGCAACACUGUUUAAGGUGGAACUAAAAGCAACAUGUCCCAUACUGCAACACUGUUUAAGGUGGAACUGAAAUAAUAAGAAUCACCAUUAGCAGCAUUUCCUAUAAUGCAACACUGUUCAAGGGGGAACUAAAAAGCGUCAUGUCCCAUACUGCAACACUAUUUAAGGUGGAACUAAAAAGCAACAUGUCCCAUACUGCAACACUGUUUAAGGGGGAACUAAAAAGCAACAUGUCCCAUACUGCAACACUGUUUAAGGUGGAACUAAAAAGCAACAUGUCCCAUACUGCAACACUGUUUAAGGGGGAACUAAAAAGCAACAUUUCCAAU